AUGUCGCUUGACGAAAAACCAAAGCUUGAGCCUUUCGAGUCCCAGGUCUCCACGGAAUCCGAUGAGGAUCUUUUCGCUGACAUUGAUCGGAAAAAGGUCACCAGAAAAAUUGACCUCCGGCUUCUUCCCAUUUUUACGAUUCUUUACCUCCUAAGUUUUCUCGACAGAGGCAACAUCGGAAAUGCCAAAAUCGAGGGCCUUGCUGAAGACUUGAACUUGGUCGGCAACCAGUACAACUUGUGUUUGACGAUUUUCUUCAUUUUCUACGCCUCCGCCGAGGUGCCCUCCAACAUGAUCUUGAAACGCUGGAAACCAGACGUUUUCGUGCCGCUCACGGUGGUUCUUUUCGCCACAGUCAUGACGCUUAUGGGGACCGUGCAAAACUUUGCUCAAUUGAUGGCCACCAGGGCGCUUUUGGGGCUUUUCGAGUCCAGUUUGUUUCCUGGAAUCUCGUACAUUUUGUCCAUGUACUACCGGAAAAACGAGUUGCUUGUUCGCCAGGCCAUUUUCUUCUCGGCAGCGUCCAUGGCGGGUGCAUUUUCGGGUCUUUUGGCUGCUGCCAUUUCUCAGAUGGACGGAGUGGGAGGUUACGAAGGAUGGCGGUGGAUUUUCAUUCUCGAGGGAUUGCUCACGUUUCUUUUCGGCGUGGCGUCCUUCUGGUGGUUCCCCAAGUACCCCAAAAACGCUACUUUCCUUACUGAAAGAGAAAGAGAGUACGUUCUCUGGAAUGUCCACCACCUGACCAACCAGACGUCAGCACACCCCAAUGCACCCAAAGGCGAGGACACUUCAAGCGACAGGAAGUUCUUGUGGGGCGUUUUCAAAGACCCCAACUGCUGGUUCCAGCUUUUUUCAUACUUGGGCAUUUUGCUCCCACUCUACGGCAUUUCGCUUUUCACCCCCACCAUCAUCAAAAACCUCGGCUACACCGCCACCAAGGCCCAGUUGCUCAGUGUUCCGAUCUACGUGGUGGCGGCGUUUUUGAGUAUUGUUCAGGCGUUUAUUUCAGACUGGUCUGGGCUCAGAUCGCCUUUCUUGAUAUUCAACUACACAUGCAUGAUCAUUGGAUUUGUCGUUUGCAUUGCGCUAGAUCCCCGGGUCAACCCUAGUGGAAUCUACGCCGCCAUCUAUAUUUGUGCCAUGGGCAUGUACCCAGCCAUUCCUCUAUCGAUUGUGUGGAAUGCCAAUAACUUGUCUGGAUCGUACAAAAGAGCCAUUGGAAUCGGUUUUCAAAUCGGUCUUGCUAACUACGGAGGUGCUUUUGUGUCCAACUUUUACCGUGAGCAGGAUAGCCCUCGUUACGUUCUAGGACACGGCUUGACGCUUGGCUUUAUUGGGUUAGGUGGAGUGGCUUUGGCGUGCGGUAUUAUCAACUACAAAUUGAGCAACCGCAAGAAGGAGAAGAUGAUCGAGCUGGGAGAGUUGGACGGUUUUACCGACGAGGAGCUUCUUGGCAUGGGCGACAAGAACCCGUACUUCAGGUACAGAUUGUAG